AUGUUCUCCCAAUCCUCUUGGCAGUUUUCCCAAGAUGCCUCAAUGAACCAACACAAUGGUGGAACCUCCUGCCCACCGGAUACCCAGGAAUCCAAUCUAUCAUUGGACCUGUCCCUCAACUUUGGAACACUUUCAUCCCAGACGUCCACUCCCACUUUGACUCAACUGUCUGAAGCAUACAAAAACCCAUUACAGUCAUCACCCCAACCAGCAGCAUAUACCAUCUCCGCUUCUGCCGUUGAUGAAAGCGAUGCAGCAGAUGCCUGCACUGCUGCUGCCCUUUCAAUCUUAGAAAUGUCACAAACAACUCCCAACACAGCUUCUCCACAGAAGGACGAGCCUCCACCAAAUCUUAUUUUCAAAACUGAUCCCCUUGCAAAUCUUUGGAAGGAACAGUCUGAUUUACUGCGUUGUUACGCCUGUCCAAAUUCCCUUCGCACCGCCACAAUUGCAAAACUGUUUUUCACAGAGGAACAAUUUGGAAACGACGCCGUCAUGCUAGCCCUUGGAACUACCUUUCUUCUUCGCAGCAAUUCCCCAUCCUACUUUUCCAAUUUCCAAGUUGGCAUUAUUUUCAAAACCAACUUGCGCUGCAAAAACGGGGCUCCACUGGAUAUGCAUGUUGAGAACUCAGCUGAACUUGACCGUGAGAUAGAUACACUCUCAAGUCUGGCUUCUGCCAUUGGGAAAAAGGACGGCAGAAAGCUGCAGUUGGGUUUUGCAAACGUGAAACGCAGACUCACUGUUCAACUUGAGAUUGUCUACGUCUUGCAUCACCUCAUUCGAGGGCUACUCCGACAUGUUCUUCCACUGGCAGCAAUAAAACAUGAUGAUUGUUUCUGGUUUCUGAGUCUGUUGAUGGUAUCAUGUCCAACCGAGAAUGACUAUGAUGAUUGUUUCUGGUUUCUGAGUCUGUUGAUGGCAUCAUGUCCAACCGAGAAUGACUGCUAUGAAACCACCCUCAAGGUGGCUGUUGCAACCCAAGCAAUCCAGCAAUCACCUCUGCUGGAGCAUCUUCGCACAUUGUGGGAAAAUCGCAGCACAGAACCAAGUGUAGCCUUCCUUCAAAAAAUUCAUUUGUUAUUCUCUUCCCUCUCCCACAAUUUUCCAACUUCAGAUCUCAGUUCCUCUUUGAGGGACACUUGGGGAUUGCUGGAGCGAGCUGGGCUGAAAACCACUGUACUUGUUCAGCAGUUCCACAUUGUGAGCUUUGGAAUUAAACACCAGCGGGGCGUGAUUGUCAAUCCAGUGCACUACUUUUUCACCACAGUCGUUGCCAAGGCCGUUCACCUUUCUUCAAAACACUCUUGCACCCAAGGUCAACUCCAAGGGGCGCUGAUACUGUUCAAAACCUACAUAUUUGAGAGAAAAAAAGAACGCGUUACUAUUGGCAAAGAACAGCGCCAUGUUCUAGCCCAGAAACGCCCGGUUCAGGCCCUCAAAUCUACAUUAUCAAAUACUCAUUUGAUGCUGGAGGAAAGUCUUGACAGUGCCCUAAAAUCGAUUUUGGUUCUGCCAGAGAUUUUACCGCGCGUCUCUCAUGGUCAACAAUCCACACCGCUUCCAAAGAAUCUUCGAUCUCUUUGCUGUUUAAAACAAGUCAGCCACAAAGACAAGAAUCAAUUUUUUUUUUGUCUGUGGCAAAACAACGGAGACCCAAGCACCACAGUUGUCACACCUGCUGGAAGUGACUCCAAAAUCUUUCUGGAGAGUGUGAAACGGUUACGAAAAGAUUGGCUUCGAGACGAUAUUAUCAAUUAUUUCUGUUCCAUCCUCUUGCAGUAA